AUGGCGUCCGCGAACACCAAACCUAAGUUAAUAACGCAAACAAAAAGAGAGUCGAAGCCCGUCACCGUCUGCUUUGGCUGUCCCGAGCAGGCCUACAUAGAAUUUACAGUACCCUCCUCGUUCGCGAACGUAAAGAGCAUCACAUUUAAAACCACAUCACACGAUCAAGGCUUCAGCGGCGUCGAAGAUCAAUAUCGCGGUACCUAUGAGCAAUGCUGCAGUUUCUUUGACGGCGUUAUCACUACUCCUGAAGGCCAUACUCGCAAGCGCGGGCUGAUCUGCACAAACAGACAUGCUAUGAUUGAACCCUUUACGCAUGUGUGUACGUGGCCAGAUGCGGAAAACGAGGAAUUCCUUACGCAGGUGUUGCAGGAGAUGAGAGAAAAUGAUAUUAUACAAAUCAUCCCCAAAGCGCACUACCGGGCCUGGAGAAACUUCGUCCUGGAAGCGGAAAUUACUAUCUCAGGGGAAAGUAAAGAAAGCCAACUGGAAGAAAUGGGCGGAAAGAAAAUAGACGGGUCGAUUCCUUCACCACUUACGCUGACUGCCGAGGAUUUCUACGUUCCUCUGAAUCAAUCACUCAGUGAAAUUAGGGUUCUGCGUCUCCAACCGGGUCCCCCUUCAACCAAAAUUUCUUGUACGCUGUGGCACCUGAAGCUCAAAUGUGAGUAUCCCUCGCAAUUCGAGGCUCUAUCGUAUUGCUGGGGCAAUCCCAAGCAUACCAAGACGAUUCAAUUGGCCGGCCGCGACAUUCAAGUCACAUCGAACUUAUUCGAUGCUUUACAUCGAUUGCGGACUGAUGAUGGCGUGACUCAAAAUCUUUGGGUGGAUGCUCUCUGUAUUAAUCAGAAGAACCUAGAAGAGAGGUCGUGGCAAGUGCAAAUGAUGGGGCAAGUCUAUGCUGCAGCAUCUCGGGUCAUAGUUUGGCUGGGAGAACCAUCGCUAAACUUUUAUGCUGCGGAAGUUGGACGAUUGUUCAAAGUAUUCGACGAAGAAAAAGAUGGUAUGAAUGAUGACUACACUACAGAAUCUCCGGAUAUAGAAUACCUCUCUCAAGAGGAGCUGAGAAACACAAUCCCAAAGUAUAAGGGAGUCCGGGUCUUCUUUGAAAACGUAUGGUUUAGUCGCAUCUGGGUAUUGCAGGAAGUUUUCAAUGCUCGCAGAAUUUUGGUGCGGUGUGGCGAUCGAGCAUUUUCUUGGUCAUUAGUUCUGAAAAUCAAUGAAAAUGUGCGACGCACCCUUUCAGAACCAGCGCCACAGUAUCACAAGGCUAUGCCGCCGCUCUUCUCUAGUCUCUUUGCACUAACAAGGCCAACUCAAGUCCUAAACGAUAAUAUAUGCAGUAAUAUAUCCACGCGAUUUGGAUACGCACCACGAGCUCCCACUGAAAAUAUUCUCGAUCUUGUGGUAGCAGGAUUCAGCUUAGAAGCUACGGAUCCCCGGGAUAAACUAUUUGCACUGCUUGGUUUUAUAGGACCAAAGUACCAUCAUCUCGAUGUCCUUCGGCCGAAUUACGAGAAAGAUGUGGCGAUCGUAUAUCGCGACUUCACACGCUGGUGGAUUGCUUCCCAUCGCUCACUUCGUAUACUUUCUGCAAUCCAUUGCUCGAAAGGCAGAACGUGGCAGAAACUAUCUGCAAAUGCGCCCAGCUUCCGUGGCUCCAAGCGUACGAGUUGGAGUUUGUGGUACGACGGAAUGAGUGCAUGGGGUCGAGCCACUUUAGGCCUUUCACCAUUUGUAGAAGGACCAGGAGCAUCGGGAAGCAAGGAAUUAGAUACUUCCUUACUGUUGAAAAGCAAUGGUAAUUCUCUCAUAUUGAAAGGUAUUGUGCUCGGCAUUAUUCAUGAUAUCGAACCCUUUCCAUAUGGAAUAGCCGCAUUAUAUAACCAGGAUCCAUCUGCUCCCUCAAACUCACACCGCGAACACUAUGAACGGGUCUUUGAUCCUUUAAAUCAACGGGCAAUUUUCUCUUCAAGUUCUCAGGGUGGGCUGGAGGUACCACUUGAGUCCCCGAUACCUCCAGUUGAUUUGGUGUAUGAUCAUAUAUUUACUCAUGAGUCGUAUGCUCGGAAAAACGGAGGAGCUCUAGAGUGUCAUCCACGGUGCUUUUUCAGGACUGUAGAUCAAAAGUCUGGGAUAUGUCCAAAUGCAGCAAAGGAGGGGGACUGUGUGGUUGUGUUGUUUGGAGGAACGAUACCUUAUGUUGUGCGGUUCGUUCAUGAUAUCGAAGUUUUGAAUAGAUCAGAAGAUGGGGGUAGCGAGCUUAGUACGAGUGACGUUCUUAGAAGACGGGUAGAAUUUGUUGGGGAGUGUUUCGUGGAUGGCUAUAUGAAUGGAGAAGCAAUACAGGAAAAGCAAGACGAGGUUGUGGAGUUUGAGUUGGUGUAG